UCAAUAAUCAUUUCGAUUGUACGAAUUUGUUUUUUUUCCUAUUCUUAUCAUGCUUUUGAUAUUUUUAUCAGCAUUUCAUUGAACCGGUUCCCUGGCCUGUAAGAAGUGAAAUAAAUAGUGACAGCAAAGAAAGAAAAGAGCCGGAAAACAUUCCAUUCGAUGUCGACUGAACGGGACAUAGUAAUCUCGGGCAAUCAUAUGACUCUUCCGCACGUGACUUUAUUUACAGUUGACUGAUACUCGUGAACAUGUAUGGUGCAGUUCCUUGUGACAUGAUAGACCGAAAACGAAACAAAGUUAGCAAGCAAUGCGGUAGCUAUAAACGAUCGUUCGUUUAUGAUGCCUUUGCUUGAUAAGCUGUUCCUUUCGAGGAAGAGUUUCAAAAACAACGUUCAAACUAUUGUAGCAUCAAACGUUGGAACAGAAGAAGAUGAUAGAAUUUCAGCGUUAUGCAUUGGAGCAAGUCGAGUUCGAAUCUUAUUGUUUCGAGAAUGCGAAUGGCGCGGAAGAAAACUUCUUUUUGAUUCUCUUUCUUUGGAGAAAAAAUGGUGUAAAAAUAAAACAGCUAUGUUUAAGCUUAAAAAUAAUAUUAACUCGAAUGAUGAUUCAAUUAAUUUCGGAAACAAUCGUAUCUUUGAGCGAGAAAAAAUAAGCGAAGAUGAUGUGAGCUUAUUAAGCGAAAUGGUGUUUGGUACUGUAGCGAUGACAUACAGAGGAUCUUCAUUUAAGAUUCAUUCAAUGAAUUCACCAUCUUGCAUCAUGUGCACAAAAGUUUUUCCAAUUACAGAACACAAUAUAUGCAAACAGAGCGAGAAAGUUUCGGACGAAGGAUUAGGUCGUUCUGUGAAUUUUGAUUCUAAUUCUAGUAUGCAAACCAUGUUAUCUCGACCAAGUUCUGGAAAUUUAUCGGGAUCAGAAUUAAACGCUGAUAUCAGAAAAAAUUCUACUUGUUCUAGUACUGGUAGUGGAUGGAAUAUAGAUAUACCGCCACCAUCAGGGAGUUCACAAUCGUUGGAAAGUAAUGGAUCCUCCGGUAUUGGUAGUCUUUCAAGUUUACGUCGAAGAUGGUUACGAUCAGCAUCUACUUCUUUAACACGAUCAGAUUCCGAUGAUACUUUCGGAAUUCAAUAUUGGACUGAGAAUGGAAGUGAUAAUAAAAAUAGUCAUGUUAAACGUCAUAAAACAAGACUUGGAUUAACGAUGUUAGUGCAACUAGCUGAAGGUCAUGAAAGAAAAAUAGAAACUUGUUUAUUAGAGCACAUGGCUUUAUUAGAAGGAAUGUUGGAUCGUUUACGAUAUUUCUCUAUUGAAUCAGGUAAUAUCAAUGUUCAAAAUAAAGGAAUGCAGCUUCCUGAACGACUUUAUAGAUCUUCUUCACGAAUUAUUGUUUCGUUAUUGCGUUUACUUACAAAUAUAAACGCAGAUUUAUAUUCACGCACACCUUUAUUAUGGCAUGAUGUAUUACUUAAUUCAGUGAAAAUAGAACAUAAAAUGAGUAUGUUGCAUCAUAGUUUGGAACAAAUGUGUCAAUUGCUAGAUAAUACUGAUACAAAAUCGACUAAUUUUUUUUUAAGUACUGUUGUAACUGCUGUUUUAACGUAUCAUCUUGGUUGGAUAUAUACUACACUGCCAAUUCAUAAUCGACAAUUGAUGGAGAAAUUAGGUACCUGGUAUCCUUGUAAUCCAUUAUGGGCUCAAUUAGGUGACUUAUAUGGUGCAUUAAGUAAUCCUAUCAAGAUUGCACAUACAGUUGUUGCGGGUGAUCCUCAAAAAGUUAAUUUGAUUAAUUCUGUUUUAUUUUUUUUAUCAUAUUUCAUUCGUAGUGGAGUAGUGCAGAAACGACAAGAAUAUUGUUGCGUUACUGAACAAGAUAUUCAAGAAGCUGCAAAUCUUCUAGAACAAGCGAAAAUAAAACGACCGCAUUUAUUCACAACAAAAAUAAUGUAUAAUGAUCGAGAAUCAUUGACAUCACAUGUACACACAUCUACUAGAAAAAAAAUUCCUAUACAAGAGGUUUCAUAUGAUACAGAAAGUGACAAUGCUAUUAUGCAAAAUUCUUAUCCUCGAUACAAUGUCGAAAGAUUAAGAGUAGAAGGAUCUAUUAAUUCUCUUAAACGUAGCAUUACAAUGGAAUCAAAUCUAGAUUCAUUUGUGUUAAAACCAUCAGAAUCUGAAAGAAAUACAAAAUUUACUUUGAAAGAAUUUCCUCAAGAUAAUGAUAGCAAUGUAAAGAGUAUUGUUGACAAAAAAACUUGUGCAUCAAACAAAGUUAAAAUAAUAGUUAAUGAAAUUGUAUCACAAGAUAUCGACACGACAAAGACUGAUAUACAACAUUAUUCUGAAGUUUCUCUACGAAAUUUUGAAAAAAAAAUGGAUGGUGAUGAUUUAGAAGAAACAUAUAUAAAUUCUAAAAUAGAUACUUUUCAAGAAUUUGAUGAUACGCGUACAUUAAAAUUAUAUUCCACUAGACCAGAAUUUGAAACUGGUCAAAGUACAGUUAACGAGAUGAAAGAUUCCUAUGUCUUUUUUACACUUGGUGAUGAAGAAAAGUCUGUGAAAACAUUGUCACGACCGCGACUUGGAUAUAAUUGUCAAUGUUCAUAUAUGUUCACAAGGGUACCAAGUACAUCUGCACAAUUGCCGGAAGGUGUAUUGAGAAAAAUUAUUCAAAGAAAUUUUCCUGAAUCAUCUAAAAGUAUUCAGUCACCAGGAGUAUCUCCAAGAUCUUUAAGGUUUUGUCAAAGAUGUAACGGGGAAGGCUAUAUACCAUCACAGAAUUAUGAUAAUUAUAAACAAGUUCUUGAAACUCCUACAAAUGCAACAGAAGUAUUACGUACUUGUGGUAAUACUGUAGGCGAUGGAAAUGUUGGAUUAUCUAGAUCAAAUAGUCUAGAAACUUUGAUGGAAGCUAGCAGUGUCGUUGAAUUACCUAUGCCGCGAACAAAAAAAAUAAAGAAGACUGAUUUACCCCAGGAUACUGGUUUUACAAGGACACUUCUACAAAAUAAUAUAAAAUCUGAAGAAUCACAGGGAUUAAAUAAUUCUGAAUCAUCCUAUACAUGGGGUUUAGUUUUACAAGGUUUAUUAAAAAAGAAAAAAAGAAGAAAAAAGAAAGUUGUUCAGCAAGAAGAAAAUAAAAAUGAAUCUGAAAUAAACAAAGAAUGGUGGUACUGCAUACGUGAAGAAUGUCUUGCCAGUGUACGUUUUCCGAUUAUUGAUCAAUCAAUUGCCGAAUCACUUUGUAUUUUAGCCGAUUUAGAUACUUGGCAUGUUGGAAUUAUAUCUAAUAAUAUGCCUUUACAUACUGCGCCAUUACCGAUUGGGAUGUCAAGACUUGUAGCCAAUAUGUUGGAAAGCUUUGCUUAUUUAUGGCGAAAAUAUCGCUCAGCUUCGCAAUGUAUAGGUAUAUUGGAAGCAAAACUAAAAGAAAUGUGGCUAAAAAGUGAAGCAUUAGCAGAAAUGUUAUUAACAACAGAAAUAUGUGAUGCUAGUAUUGCAAAUCUGACGUAUGCUCUCGAUCUCGAUGCAGCAGAUGUACCACUUUUACUCGCAGUUGCAACUUCACAUACACCAGAAAUAGCCCAGAGAUUUGGUCUCACACUUACUUGACUGUAUCUCAUUUUUAUCAUGAUUUUUAUUUUAGGACAUGAAGUCCUUUAUUGUCCAAUAUAGAGUAAGCUAUAAGUAAGCUA